UUCCUCUUCGGGUCUGAUCAGACGCAGGACGACGCAGAAUGGACCACAUCCGCCUCUUCUUUUUGAACGUAUUUCUUUUUUGCACCUGCUCGGCUUCACCCCCGAAUUUCGUCCUGCUUUUCGCAGAUGAUUUAGGUUUCGGGGACUUGGGUUGUUAUGGACACCCCAGUUCACUCACUCCAAAUCUGGAUCGCCUGGCAGCGGGAGGACUCCGGUUUACAGAUUUCUACUGCACCAGCCCCGUCUGCAGCCCGUCCAGGGCAUCGUUGUUGACAGGGCGCUAUCAGACCCGCUCAGGUAUCUACCCAGGAGUGCUGUACCCAGGCUCUAUAGGAGGUCUUCCCCUGAACGAGACCACCAUAGCUGAAGUGUUGAAACCUCUUGGCUAUGCCAGUGCUGCUAUAGGGAAGUGGCACUUAGGAGUUGGAGCCAACGGCAUGUUUCUUCCAACCAAGCAGGGGUUCGACCAGUACCUGGGGAUCCCCUACUCCCACGACAUGGGACCCUGUAGGAACCUGACUUGUUUCCCUCCAGAUGUUAAGUGUUUUGGAUUGUGUGAUGUUGGCACUGUAACUGUCCCACUAAUGCACAAUGACAUCAUCAAGCAGCAACCAGUUGACUUCCUCGAUCUGGAAAGGGCUUACAGUGACUUUGCCACCAAAUUCAUUACCACAUCAGCCAAGAAAAACCAACCUUUCUUCCUCUAUUAUCCUUCACAUCACACCCACUACCCCCAGUAUGCAGGUCCAGGGGCAGCUGGGAAGUCUUUGCGGGGCCCAUUUGGAGAUGCUCUGUUGGAGUUUGACAACACAAUAGGAAACCUACUGACAACCUUGGAGAAGACUGGAGUGAUCAACAACACCCUGGUCUUCUUCACUUCAGACAAUGGCCCUGAACUGAUGCGAAUGUCUCGUGGAGGUAACUCUGGCCCCCUGAAAUGUGGGAAAGGCACCACAUAUGAGGGGGGCAUGAGAGAGCCAGCCAUUGCCUUCUGGCCAGGGAUCAUCAAGCCAGGUGUGACUCAUGAGAUGGCCAGCAUUCUAGAUAUCCUCCCUACUAUCGCAAGUCUGGCAGGAGCCACACUACCCCAGGUGAUGCUGGAUGGUGUCGAUAUGAAAGAAAUCCUUGUCAACCAAGGAAAGGGUAAAAGGGAGACAAUGGUGUUCUACCCCACAGAUCCCAGUGAGAUGUAUGGUUUGUUUGCUCUCAGGCUGGGGAAGUACAAGGCCCACUUCUAUACACGAGGUGCUACCCACAGCGGUACCAUCCCAGACCAAGACUGCUCAGUAUUUGCAGUCCUCAAGGCCCAUGAUCCCCCUCUUAUUUUCGACUUGGAGGCUGACCCCUCUGAGAACUACCCUCUCAUCCUGAAGGGAAAACCCGACCUCCAAGCCCUGCUGGAGAAGAUCAAGAAGGUCAAGGAGCAGUUUGAAGCCUCUAUGGUGUUUGGAGAGAGCCAGAUAUCAAAAGGAAUAGACCCGAACCUUGAGCCUUGCUGCAAUCCUCAGUGCAGCCCAAAGCCUGGCUGCUGCCACUGUUGAUGUGAUAAAUUCUCCUAUCUGCAAAUGAUGACAAUGUGGGAAAGGAUGGAGGUACUGCGCUGAUUUUGCCUCAAGAUUGCUCUAUGAAUGCACAAGAUGUGAUGCUGAUUUUGUAAUUAUCUGUUGAUGCAUCGCUACUUGCUUGUGGACAGCUAGACUUUAAUUACUGUUCAUACUGAAAGUAAUAUUGCAAGCAAUCUGUUUCCUCAAUGAGGAGAUGAGUUUAUAUUGACUACAUUUAGAACUAAUGCAUAACAAUGUACUGUAUAUUUUAUUGUUUGAUUUAUUGUGUAAUAUCCACCUCAACAUUCUUUAAAUUAACACAUUUUAGAAUAAAUGAGUGGUGUUUUAUGUGAAAGUGCUUUGCAACAUACAGUAUGUCAGUCCCACAAGCAAUCAAGAGGAGAUCCGAACAGUAAAGACAACAAUAAAGGUUUCGGACAUCAAGCAUAUAUUUUAUUCAUAAGACCAAACCCAUGACAAGGCAGAGUGAUUUUUUUGUCAUUUUUUUUCUUUGUUUUUCCCUGGAAUUUUACAAGUCCUUGUUUUUAAAGAUACAAGAUAGGAUAUGUUUGUUCUGUCACAUACUGUUUUGCUCUAGGUAUACAGUGAAGAAUCUUGUUAAUGUAAUAAAGUCAAAAGUUUGGUUUAACUGUUAAUGUAUGUCUCAGUGGCUAUAUAGGAAUAGAUCAUCCUCAGAGGUUGUUUUUGUGUAGCUGUGUGGAAAGAAGGAUUUUAACUAGGCUGUAACAAGAUAGAAAACCAUGGAUCAGAAGCAAAUAGAUGCAGAUCAGAGAUGGGGCACACUGUUGGAGCUCAAGGGCAAUUACUACAAUUGGCAAGACGCAAUAAUAGUUUUCCAGUGGCAGCUGACUCAGUCACUAUUCAGCUCUAACAACACAUUGGUCAGAAGUCUGGUGGGCGUGUCUCACUAUUGAUGUCACAUCUCACAAAAUGUGCCCUAAAUGUGCUGCUGAAGCUUGUCUGUAGAGAGUUAUGGAGUUGGCAGGAACCCAAAUGCCACCUGUGUGACAGAUAUUGAGUUAACAUCUUGUGUAGAAACAAUAAGACACUGAAAUAAACUUAUUGCAGAUCACAAA